AUGGAUGGGCAACAUCAGAAGCAAAAGAACAAGUACAGUAUAAUUGUUCCUACAUAUAAUGAGCGUCUCAACAUUGGUCUCAUUGUUUACCUAAUCUUCAAGCACCUUCGGGAUGCUGAUUUUGAAAUUAUUGUCGUGGAUGAUGGGAGUCCUGAUGGUACUCAGGAUGUUGUAAAACAACUGCAGCAAGUUUAUGGAGAAGAUCGGAUCCUGUUAAGAGCACGGCCUAGGAAGAUGGGUUUAGGAACUGCUUAUAUUCAUGGCAUGAAGCAUGCAUCUGGAAAUUUUGUUGUCAUCAUGGAUGCUGAUCUUUCACACCAUCCAAAAUAUUUGCCAAGUUUCAUCAGAAAGCAGUUGGAGACUGGUGCUGAUAUAGUUACAGGGACUCGUUAUGUUAAAGGUGGUGGUGUGCAUGGAUGGAAUCUUAUGCGCAAACUAACUAGCAGGGGAGCAAAUGUUCUUGCACAAACACUUUUAUGGCCUGGUGUCUCAGAUUUGACAGGAUCUUUUAGACUUUAUAAGAAAUCAGUGCUUGAAGAUAUCAUUAGUUGCUGUGUUAGUAAAGGAUAUGUCUUUCAAAUGGAAAUGAUAGUACGAGCAUCUAGAAAAGGAUACCAUAUUGAAGAGGUUCCAAUCACAUUUGUUGAUAGAGUAUUUGGAAGUUCAAAGCUUGGUGGAUCAGAGAUUGUUGAAUACCUGAAAGGCCUAGCUUAUCUUUUGGUGACGACAUAA